UUGCGUAUUACAAUAUGGAAGUAUGGUCACAAUAUUUUAUCAUGUUUAAUACGAAAUCAAGCAUGCUUGCUAGCUCUAGUUCUUGUCAAUUAAAACACCACCAUCAUAUAUACACCGACUAAUUGACUUCUCUUUCUCUAUCUAUUUCUCCUAUAUCCCUCUUUUCCCCUUCUUUCUCCUUAAACUCUGGCGAUUCGAUGCUAUGGAGAAUGAUCCUAAUAAUUCUUCCAACUCCCAAAAAUACCAAAUAACAUGGAGCUCUGAUGAAUUAUUAGGCCUAAGCCAAGUUAAGUUUUAUAGGUGUAGUUUUUGUAAAAGAGGUUUCUCCAAUGCACAAGCUCUAGGUGGACACAUGAAUAUCCAUAGAAAAGAUAGAGCCAAGCUUAGAGAAAUAUCGAUUGAAAGUUCAGAUAUCAAGAAGCCUGCCAGUACUUCUCCUGAUAUUCCGGCACCCUCAAGUGAUGACUUAUUGCAACAAGAAGUAUCUAGCGAUGACACGAGUAGCCCCUCAAAAAGGCCAUGUGUCACACCCGAAGAAGAACACAAUCAUCAUCAUCAUCAUCAUCAUCCUAUUUCGAAAGCAAAAGAAAUUGACAAUCAUGAUCAUCAUCCAAUUUCCAAAGCAAAAGAUGAUAAUCAUGAAGUAAUCAUUGGAGAUGAUAAUUUACAAUUACCCUUGUUUGUGGACUCUCCGUCAAAAGAAGUAACCAAUUGUGAGGAAAAACAAGAAGGAAAUAAGGGCAUGCAAUUGAGUGUUGAUUCAGAAUUGGACCUUGAGCUUCGGUUAGGGCUAGAACCUCCAAAUCCUCAAUAAAACCAUAAGAGUUGGUUUUAAUAUCUUGAUCAAAAUAUACUAAUAAUCUACUCAGAAUCCAUAUCCAAGAGGUUUGGGCCAGCAGUUGAUUUUCUUCUUUGGAGAAAAACACCAUUGGUUUUCCAUUUGGCAAACCAUGAGUUCUUGGUGGAAGCUUAACCCUGUUCCUUUUGAUGUUACGGUUUCCGACCGCAUUUGCAUAUGUGGGUUUGGGAUUAUCGGCCUCCUUUCUUUGAUUUUGGUUAGAAGAUGCUUCUAGUUAGGUGGUUGAAGUAUUUGUGUGAGCAAAUUUAGGGAUUUGAGGGUUCAAACCUGCUUUUGACCCAGAUUGAAGUGGAGGAAAAUCCGAGGUUAGAGCUAAGGGACGAGAAAUAGGGGUUUGGUUUGGAUGAUUUGUCAAUGGAGGAGGGUCACCGAGGACCGGCAGGUCCACGAUGAGGAACAUAGCCUAGUGGCAGUUGCUAACGGUCACUUUUUUAGAGAGAGAAAAGAAGAGAGAAGAGAGAGCUUUUCUAGCAAUUGUAUAUGGGAGUUAUGUAUUCUCUUGAAUUUCAUGUCCUUACAAGGGGAAUGACAAUCCCUAUUUAUACUAAGAGCUAGGAGCACAUAUUUCAUGUAUAACGCCCUUGCUCAUAAUGAAUAUUAAUUGGAUAAUAAUAAUGAGCAAUAAAGAGGACCAUUAAGCCUCAUAACACCAGGAGAUAACGUCUAACCCAAUUUGUAAUGGCAGCCUGUUGAGCUUUCCUCCGGAGCUAUUCCAACAAUCUCCCGGACUAAGCGGUUUUUCGGGUAUAGUGGCCUUUCUUCCGGUGACAGUCAAUGCUGACUCAUCCUUUAAGCCACGUGGCUUAUCGGUAUUGGUCCAGCUGUGUUGUACAAAUUUAGCCCAAUACAAGCAGUAAUUUGAAUCUAUAACUUGGAAUCUUCUCAUCUGAUCAAAGUAGAACUUCAAUUGUUGGUAAAAUUAGGUUCUAUGUUAAUUCUGUUAAUCAAUGCCAUUAAGAUUAAAAUUACAACUACAUAAGGAGUUUAAUUUUCUUCUCCUUUCCUUCAGUGAAUAAAAACAUGUGACCUUAUAAUCUUA